AACAAUUGGAUUAGCACCGUAAUUAGCUCCAAACUAUUUAAAAAGCAACGAUGAAGUACUGCUUGCUUGGACUUUUGCUCGUCGGCGCGGUAUACGCCAAACCAAACACUUCAGUUUAUGAAGAUUUGCCCGCGGCUAAAAAUUUCCUACCCGAAUCACGUAUUGUCGGCGGUGAACUCGCGCCUAAAUCGUUGGCCACUUCGUAUUUGGUUUCGCUGAGCGCAUCUUCCGUCGCUUACGCACAUGUCUGCGCUGGUGCCAUCAUUGCCAAGGAAUGGGUGCUGACGGCGGCGCAUUGUCUGAAGGAAUUGGGUAAUUCAACUGCUGAAAUUGUUGGCCUGCCGGUCUAUGCCGGUUUAAAGGAUCGUUCCAAUGUGGAGAAUGCACAAGUACGCAAUAUUGAUUUUGCUUUCACACACAAACAAUUCGAUGCCAGUCACGAAGACUCACCCGAUCUAGCGCUAUUGCACGUAUCGCCAGGUUUCCACUUCAGUGCCAAUGUGAGUGCCGUAUUUUUGCCACACCGCAACGAGGUAUACGCUAACAAAACCGGUGUGACCUAUGGCUGGGGUUUAACUAAUCCUGAGGCAACCACAUAUGUCCAGGAAUUGCAAGUGGCCCGUUCGGAGGUGUUGUCCAAGGCGCAGUGCAGUGAACAAUUGCCAGCCGAUGCGCCACUGGGUGCUAAUCAAAUUUGCGCCAAGACCUCAGCUUGUUUGGGUGAUGGUGGCAGUCCAUUGGUGCACGAAACGAAAGGAGGCUCUGAGUUGGUGGGUAUUACCUCGUGGGGCUACCUGCCAUGUGGUGUCAACGAUCGUCCGACGGUCUACACUGAGGUUUCACGGUUUAUUAAGUGGAUUGUGGAUGUACAAUCGGCGUACUAUAUCUUGCAUUAAAUGAGUUGUGUUGUAUUUCAUUAAAAUAAAAUUGUUGUUGUAUAUAAAUGUGUUUAACAA